AACUCACAAUUUAAAAUACUAGUUAGACAUUCAUUCACAAUUUAAAGACUAGUUUAAAUUUAUAUUCACAACUUAAUAUACUAGGUCAAAUACGAAUAAAUAUCUCUUACACUUUACCAAGCUCCAAAAAUCAUAUCUCGAAAAAAAAAUCCAAAUUCAUAAUUUAAUAUAUAUUAAUUCGUUUUCAAUUCAUAAUUUAAAAUGUAGGUCAUGCACUCGUAAACAACUUAAAACACAUUUAGAAAUUAAUCAUAACCUAAUAUACUUGUAACAUUUGGGAUUUAAUAUUAUUUAUUUUAGGGAUAAUGACUUGAGAGGGUAACAUACUAUUCCAUUUUGUCAUAUUUGGUCACUAAACUUUUUUUCGUGCUCUAAUAGCCAUUUAACUUGUUCAUUCGUGUAAAUUUCACCCCUACGACUGAUUAUAGCCGGUUUCAAUGGACUGGUCGAUCCUACGUGUCAGUAUGAUCCUACGUGGCAUGUAGGCUAAUGUUAUUAAAAGAGGGGUGUAUGCGGUUCCUUGAUUGUGCCCUAAUACCCCCGAUGGCUUCCUCCUACAGCUUCUCAUCAUCCCUCAAUCGAUCAAGCAAGAAAUCAACUGCGCACGAUACAAAAACUUGUGAUUGUGGGUUCCCUGCACGUAUUCUAACAUCAAAAACACCAAAGAAUCCAGGGAGGCAUUUCAUGGUGUGCAAUGAGGGUAAAUGCAAAUAUUGGAAAUGGUUGGAUGUAGAACCUGUAGAAAUGCCUCUAAUGGAAGUGGUGGAGGGAAUGAAAGUUGAAUUAAUAGCAUUAAAGACCGAAGUAGAGAAGGUGAAGGAAGACAUGGAACAAAUGAAGAAGGAAAAGUACUCUGAUGCCAUUGCAAUGAAGGAAAAAAUAUAUAAGUUUACCAUAGGAUUUCUUUUUUUGAUCAUCGUGUAUAUGAUGAAAUGAUGUGAAUGAUGUAUUGAAAGAUGUUGUUUGAAUGGAAUGAAUGUAUUAUCUUAACUUCUUA